GUAAUUGAUCGCUUCCGGAAGUAUCGAGUUAUCGCAUUGUUAUGUUUCUUUCAGAUUGGUGCCUUCUAGUAUUGUUUACAAUGUUCGUUUAAUUUUUAUUACAAGUGAACUUUCCUGGAAAUAACCUACACGUCUUGCUAACACAGUGACCACAUGACGUGUUUUUUGGAAGGGAAAACGAUAGAGGAAACGUACGGAGCUAAUGUAGCUAACGUUAGCUACCUGACAACGACUAGCCUCAGUUUCAGGAUGUCUAAGCUUGAACGUCUAAACGCUCGUGUGGCUAAGCUCCUGACUGAAGCGGUGCAGGAGGUUCUGGAGGUGGUGAAGGAGACGGUGUCAGAGUACCAGGAGAAAACUGCCAGAACACAGAGAGAGAACGAGAGCCUGAAGAGGAAGCUGCAGGAGCUCCAGGAGACCAUAACAAAAGAGAGAAUAGAUGUCUUACCUACAAGUUUGCCGUUGCCUGAAGAAAAAGAAGACGCUCAAAAUCAAAAGCAGGAUUUGGGGCUUUCUUUGAGGCAGGACUCAGACCCACCUCUCGCAGAGCAAAAACAGAUAAUCGUCCACACAAAUGAACAAAAUGUGAAGCAGGAAUCGCAACAACAGGAGAGCUACGACAACACUGAAUUACAAACUGAAUCCAACUCAACGCAAACAACAGAACAUUGCCUAGUACAACCAGAGGAGGUGGCACACAUGAUUGAGGAAGCAGUGACUGUUCAGACAUUACACAAUGAAAACGGAGACCUCAGUGCAGUCACACCCUAUAACGUGUGCACCCCUCACUCCAGCACUUCACUCGAGGCAAACCUGGCAGUUAUCAAAAGAGAGUUAGAACUAACAGAGUGCACAACAACAGAACCACCAUCUCUUCAAGAACAACAUAGCGGUGUGGAUUUAAGCUGCAACUCUUCUCGCCAGAACUCUGCUGAAACGCACCGGCCACAAGCUAGUGCUGAAACUAAAGGACACGUCUUUGUCCACUCAAAUCAUGCCAUACAAAGGAGGCAUGGCUUCGCAAAACCCAACAGGGGUGCGUUCGAUGGGAGAAAAAGCCGGAUGGAGCACUUCAGGGGAGAAGAAUCCCACCUGUGUGUUGUGUGUGGAAAGACAUUCAGCAGGGUGGGGAACUUGAGAAUCCACCAGCGGUGUCAUACGGGAGAGAAGCCGUAUGGGUGCGUUCAGUGUGGGAGACGUUUCAGUCAGGCGGGAGACCUGAAAAAACACAAGAGGGUCCACACGGGGGAGAAACCGUACUACUGCAGCCAGUGUGGGAAGAGCUUCAGCCGGGGGGAGAAUCUGAAAAGACAUCAGAAGAUCCACAUUGGAGAGAUACUACAGUUACAGCAAGUGUGGAAGGAGCAACAGCAAUGAUUUGUAUAUAAGACUUCAAUGAGCACGCUUACCAUGUAGAACUCAUUAAGAAGCCACUUUUAAUUAUUUUUGCUAUCAUGAUGAUGAUUCUACAGCUUUACAGAUAGAGAUGCACUGAUAUAAUUAUUAAUAAUGCAAUCGAGACAGCUUGGACCUAAAGCAAGUACUAAAUGUAAGCAACACUAAAUAUAGAAAAUUGUAUAUAUUAUGACACUUUUGGCAUUAUGAUCAUACUUUGUACACAGGGCAAUUAUACCAAUAUGACAAUUAUUGUACACGUGGCAAUAAUGAGAAGAACAAAACCAAUGUGGCAAUGUGUUGUUAAGUGUCACACCUCUUUUACUUGUGCACAGAAGGAGUUGUCUCAUGUCAAAUUAAUGCUAAAGACAAUUGUCGUUGUUUUUAUUCAAAUUUGUUGUCAUUUAAUUUGCCUGGUUUUAUAGAAUGAUGGAUGCUUGUUGUAUGCUGGAUUAUAUUUAUUGCAAAUGCAUCUGGGUAUGUAGUGAAAAAUCCAGCAAAAGGGAGAAUGCACAGCAAAAUAAUAAAUGUAUUUAUUAUCACCAA